UAUUAUGAGAGACCUUGACCUGUUGUGUCCAAGACAGGUUAUUACAAGCAGCUGUGCAGCUGGCCCACCUUUAGAAAUCAGCAGUGAGAUCACUUCUGGGAAUUGAGAUCAAGAUAAUGUACCUAUGUGAUGCAGGGUGAAAGCCAGUGAGUGUGUGAGAUAAGAAAAUAAAAGUUCUGUUCUCAUUACUUCCAGAAUAAAUCCCAGUAUUCAGAUCCACUAGGAGCUGUUUUUUACUCUCAGCUGUGACAUCUCUUUUCAUGAAAAAAAGUAUACUGGUUUUUCAAUAGUACCUAGUGCUGGUACAAGAAUUCCAGCAGUGUUCAGUAGAAAACCUAUUUGUGCUGAAACUGUUACUAGUAAUAUAAAAGAUGUUUAUAUUUUUAGAUAAGUAAAUUUAAGCUACUGACACAGUUUAAUUAAUGCCUUUAAUAGUGGGAUUAGCAAGAAAGUUUUGUGUUGUUCAUAUUUUGGCUCAAAACCAAAAGAAUAAGGUCAAAAACGUUUUUUGUUUUGUUGAAAGGGGUGUGAAAACAGUGAACGGGAUAUUCACAAGAUGUAGUUACAAAUCUGAGUUACAUAACAACCAUUUUAAUUAGUGGAGCAAUUCAUUAUAGGAAUACGGUUGUAGUAACUGUGAAGUGUUUUUGUUUCCAUUUGCUCUUAUAUAAAAAAAUGAUAGAUACUCAAAGAGUCUGACUGUAAAAAUAAUUAUUGAUCUCUUCUUCGAAAUUAGGAUGUACAGAAUAGUCUUUUAAAAAAGCAUAAUUUUCAAAACAUCAAAAGAUUUGGAUGAAAAUCUGUAGAACAGCUUGUAAAAUAAAAUACGUACCAGGUCGAGAUUCCUAACAUACAUUGUCUGUGUUGCAGAGGACAACAGUCUCAUACCCUGAAGACAGGUAAAAAACGUUCUCUGUAUCAUAUCACUAAAUUACUAAAUUGAAAUACAAGCAAAAGAAAAUAUUGUUAUGUAAUUGAUCAUCUUCAUUACAAAGCGAUGAUGUCAUCAGAGUUUACAUACAGAAAGUGUCAUUCUUUAAAGGGAAAAGAAUGAAGUUAUAAAUCAUCAAGUUCCAGGAUUAGUCUUGGAGAAGCUAACUUUCACUAGGAACAAGGACUGGAUCAUACACAGUGUUAUUUGGCCUACCAUUGCUGCUAUUGCCAGUUUUACUCAAAGAAUUUUUUCUAACAUCACAGUGAAGUCAGAGAGUUUUUUUCAUCCUGCACCUAGUUUCAAUAUUAUCAGGCCUCAUAAAGUGUGAAGUAGAGACAGUAAAGUUCCCUUUUGUCCUUGUGGCUGGUAAGGAUUGAAGAAAGCAGUGCAAGGGUUUGCAUGCCCUUUCUAGAUGCAUGAUGACAUUCAAGAAUCCCUCAAAUACCAACAUGAGAUCCCUGUAUGUCCAGUACUGCAGCCCAGUAUUAGAAUUUCCAUGAAAAGCUUGACAGAUAGCAGAGGUAAAGAAGCAGCAGGUGUCUGUGGAAAGAGCAGCAACCUGUUGUUUUGAGCUUAAGUGGGGAGGUUUUGGCAAUUAGGUGGGAGAGGUGGCCUCUGAGAGUGGUAAAUUUUAGAAUGAAAAUGGAGAAGAGAAUAUAAAUAGUUGAAAUGAUACUAAGUGCUGGUAAUAUCAAUGAAUGACGAUUCUUGGAGGUAGGAAUACUGGGAGGAAGAUGGUUUAUAUGUGGUGAGAUACUGUGGCCCAGAAGUCAGCAACAAUGCGUAUACUUGAAGUCAAAUUAUGUUAAAUGUUGGGGACAUCAUGUAAUCAUGUAAGGAAUAGUCUUCAAAGUACUGCUGGGAGAAGUAGCCCUCUCAGAUGAUGACUCUUCUCAAAGUUGCCUCUGAAAUAAGUUGUAGAAUAAUUUUGCUCAAGUUGCAGGAAGAUUUUUUUUGUCCCUAACUUUGGUCAUUUUUUUUAUUUCCAUCCUCUUUCUUCCAAAGUCUCUUUCUGUCAUUAGCCCCCAUUCUUUCUAUGGUCCCACUUUAGAUCCCUUCUAAAUGCAGAGAAGAGUAAUACUGCCUGAGAAAGGAAAGGGAAACCUUACCUCCUGUUAAUUUACUAAACUGUCCCAGUGCCAGGGCAGCAGAGGGAGAUUAAAGCAGGGAAGCGCCUGCCAUUUCCAAGCACAGAUUGAACAGGAGGGGGUAGGGAGUCUCUGGUUACACUCUCCCUACUCUGUCUUUCCCUCACCAGUAACCUUCUCUCCCAGGGUGCACUGUGGGAUUUUAGCUGAAGCCUUGUGUCUGCUGCACUCCAUGAUUUUGCAGUGGAGAGCAGAAGGGAAGACGUUGCCCUGAACAUCCCUUGCUCCACAAAGGUUGUCUCUGGGGAUAUGACUAGGGAGGCCUCUCCAACAAAAGUAUUGCGAUACCAACAAACUCUGCUUUAUGGACAAUACACAGACCAGAUAACUGACUUUGCUGAGAAGGAAGCAGCAAAACUACUGAAUACAAAGCAGGCCCAAAAGAACAACGAAAGACCCCUGAAACGUGAGAGUCAAGUAGAGAUAAAAGAAGAGCGCUAUUCCAAAUGCCAAGACUGUGCUAGACGCAUCCAGAAAUAUGUCACCAGGAAACUUGGAGAAGACUGGAUUUUCUUGGUUCUGUUGGGUUUGGUCAUGGCGUUGGUGAGCUGGGGAAUGGAUUAUGCCAGUGCAAAGAGUCUACAGGCCUACAAGUGGAUGUACAGAGAGCUGCACCCGAAUGUUCCUUUGCAGUAUCUGGUGUGGGUAUCAUACCCACUUGUUCUCAUACUGUUUGCAGCCGUCUUCUGCCACCUCGUCUCUCCACAGGCUGUUGGGUCUGGGAUCCCAGAACUCAAGACAAUUAUGAGGGGAGUGGUCCUCAAGGAAUAUCUCACUCUCCAAGCAUUUGUGGCCAAAGUUGUGGGCCUCACAGCAGGGCUUGGAAGUGGCAUGCCUGUAGGGAAAGAGGGCCCUUUUGUGCAUAUUGCCAGUAUCUGUGCUGCAGUGCUCAGCAAGUUUAUGUCAAUUUUCUGUGGUGUAUACGAGCAUGCCUUUCUCUGGCUGCCCUCUCUGUUCCAGAAAGAGCACAGGCAGCUCGGCCUCCUGGUGAUGGCUUGCUCAGUUGGAGCUGGAUGUUGCUUCGGGGCUCUUCUUGGAGGGGUCCUUUUCAGCAUUGAAGUCACUUCCACUUACUUUGCUGUGCGUAAUUAUUGGAGAGGUUUCUUUGCAGCUACCUUUAGUGCCUUCAUUUUCCGAGUCCUUGCUGUUUGGAACAAGGAUGCAGUUACCAUCACAGCACUGUUCAGAACUAACUUUCGCAUGGAUUUCCCCUUUGAUCUGCAAGAGCUGCCAGCAUUUGCUGUAAUAGGGAUAUGUUCAGGAUUCCUUGGAGCAUUUUUUGUUUAUCUCAAUCGUCAAGUGGUGCUGUGCGUCCGGCGUCUUACAGCUCUAAGCCAGUUUCUCACCAAGUACUUCCUCAUAUACCCUGGGUUCAUAACCUUCUUUAUAGCAUCCGUGACCUUCCCUCUGGGGUUUGGGCAGUUCAUGGCAGGAGAGUUGAUGCCACGGGAAGCCAUCAGCUCUCUCUUUGAUAACUACACCUGGGCAAAAUACACAGGAGACCCUCAGAUCCUAGGAAAAUCUGCUGCCUGGAUCCACCCCAAAGUCAGUGUCUUCAUCAUCAUCCUGCUUUUCUUUCUCAUGAAGUUCUGGAUGUCUGUCAUCGCUACCACGAUGCCAAUCCCCUGUGGAGGCUUCAUGCCUGUUUUUGUUCUAGGUGCUGCAUUUGGACGCCUUAUUGGAGAAAUCAUGGCAUCUCUCUUUCCAGAUGGGAUCCUCUUUGAUGGUAUUGUUUACAAAAUCUUACCUGGAGGGUAUGCUGUCAUUGGUGCAGCAGCUCUGACAGGAGCAGUGAGCCACACUGUAUCCACUGCGGUGAUCUGCUUUGAGCUGACAGGUCAAAUUGCCCACAUCCUGCCCAUGAUGGUAGCUGUCAUUCUUGCCAACAUGGUGGCCCAGAGUCUGCAACCCAGCCUCUAUGAUAGCAUCAUCCAGGUGAAGAAGUUGCCCUACCUGCCAGAUCUGGGCUGGAAUCAUAUAAGCAAAUACAAUAUCUUUGUUGAAGAUAUUAUGGUCCAAGAUGUGAAAUUUGUCUCCUCCAACUGUAAAUAUCGAGAUUUGCAAACUCUACUCCAAAGCACCACUGUUAAGACUUUGCCUUUGGUGGACUCACCAGAGACCAUGAUCCUUCUGGGGUCUGUAGAACGAUCCGAUCUGCAGGCACUCCUCCAGAGACACAUCAGCCCAGAACGGCGACGGUGCCUCAACAAACAAAUGCAGCAGAAGCUGGCUGAGGCACCUUAUGAUGGACACAGCAAGGGAUCAGGAGCAAUGCUGCCAAAGCUGAAGCAUGAAUCUUUCGUUUAUGUUGAUGAGGAUGAUGAUACAGAUGAGAAGGCAGAGCAGCCUCAGCCACCAAGCCCCUCUCCUAGUCACCCAGAGGAGCCCAAUGGCCCAACAAAUCCUCUUAAACAAACGCCUGAAAUUUUGGAGCCACAGCAAUUCUCAGACAGUUUCCGGAAUUUGAGGCAACUGUUCCAGCAGCUCUUGUGCCCUUACAACCGUCGACCUGAAACACAGAGUGCUGUCCAGGAGCCAGUGGAAGUCAUUGAGACAAUGACACCAGAAGAGAUAGAUGCUUGGGAACAAGAGGAGCUGGAAAAGGAUGUGUGCUUUGAAUGCUGCCGCAUAGACCCUUCCCCUUUCCAACUGGUGGAGAGAACCUCUCUGCACAAGACGCAUACGUUGUUUUCACUACUGGGCCUCAGCCAUGCCUAUGUAACCAGUAUGGGAAAGCUGAAGGGAGUGCUGGCUUUGGAAGAGCUUCAAAAGGCAAUAGAGGGCUCCACACGCUCCGGAGUUCGCCUCCGCCCUCCCCUUGCCAGUUUCCGUGACACAAACAGGACUUCAAUCAGCAGUGAAAAGGUCAGCCAGGGUGCUCAGGUGUGGAGCCAGCAGGACAGCAGCGUGGUGGCAGCGCAGCAAGCAGCAGACUUGGGGACAAAGAGCACACUGCCUCUGCACUCACUCUCUCCACAGCCCUCUCACUUACAUGAUGAAGGGGAAGGCCUGUGCUCCAAUUAUGCCACCGAUACCGAGUUGGAAGAGAUGGAGCUGACAGGACCAGUUAAUGAAAACAUCUCAGACAUCUUGAAGGACAUCAGCCUACACACCACUGAUCUGGAUGAAGAUGAGGAUGAAGAUGUCCCGUUAUAGGUGGUGUGAGGGCAUAGACCAUCGUGUUGAGCCAGUCUUGCGUAUGCUCCUCACAGCUUUUGGAUGCUCUUUGCAAACCCCAUAGAGAAUUGAUUCAGUUGGGGGAAGGAACAUAGGACUUAACCUUUUUUUCUUCUGCUUUAUAUACAAAUAUCAGUUGGGUUAUUGAGCUGUGUACAGGAGUCAGAUGUAGUCUGCAAGGUGACUGAGGGCAGGCUCAUAAUGUUAAAGGCCUCUGCUUUCACUUGUGGUGAGCAAGUGUCUACAUAACAUGUCAGAAAGGAUCAUAAGAGGGCAUGAAUAUUACUGGACAUAAUCAGGAUGCCCUCGGUCAAUCCUCCAUAUAUAAAGUGGAGGGGGUGCAAAUCUUCUCCACUGGUGUCAUCCUUAUAGUCACACCUGACAUGCAGGCACCAGUGCAAACCUGACCUCCAGCCAAGAAGUGUACUGCUGCUUCUGUCUGCAGUCCUGUCUAUGUUGCUCCUUUUGGCUAGCUCUUAACUUGCACCCCCCAAAACAUUCCCAUCUAGAACAUUUUUCCUCUUUCUUAAUUUUUACUCUGGGAUCUUCCUGGGUGGAAUUGCAGUUAGAUGUUUCUCCACUGACCUUUAGCAGAGCCAUACCCUAAAAUCAGGUGAAAGGAAGGAAAAUCCUUGGUCUACAUUUCAUGUCUUGAAUUCAGCCAGGGCUCAAAGAAAAGCACUGAAAGUGAGGAAAGCCUCUGUCUUCCCAUCUCUAGAAUUUUUAAACAGAAUGUGAAAACCCUAAAUGGGGGCAUCCUCUGUUGGAGGGAGAGGAGUAAAACAUCAUGUACGCGCCUGAACAACUGUCAACUGUGUCUCUCAAAACCACUGUUGGAAUUUUUACAAAGUUAUAGUCUUAAAAUACAAGAACUUAAAAUUAAAAAAAAAAAAAAAAAAAUUAAAAAAAUGGAGUACCAAGAAAUACAGGAGAGGGAAUCAUUUUCUAUGCUUUGGAAACAGGUUCAUCAAUAAAACUCAUGCUCUUUUUCCUGAUAAUUCUGCUCUAUUUAUUUUCCACAUAUUUCUGCAUGUCAUAGAUCAGAGAAUUCUAGCUCCCACUUUCCCCUGUGUCUCCAGUGACUAGAAGUAGAGACUACAGCCCUUGUCUACAGCAUCCCUCUAUUCCAGAUGUAGAUCUGAAGGAGAUCUUGAUCUGUAUCUUGCAAAGAGAUGUCUCAUAACUUCAUGUCAUGGAUGCAAAACCAUAGUAUCCAAGGGUAAGAUGUUGCUUUAACUCACUGUCCUUGUGGGGUUUUCUCAGUAAACAUGCAGAAUUCGAUUUGGCCUAUUCUGCAGCUUUUCUCUAACAUUCUCUUUCUCUUUCCAUCAUACUUUCAGUGUGUCAAAACACUUAGAUGUGAUCCCAAGUAGGCUACUGGAUGUGUUUUCACUUAUCAGCAACACAGAAAAAAUUCAGGCUCUGAGAACAUAUUCUUGGGAAUAUUCUCCUGGAUUUUGAGCCACAUCCCUUUCCUUGAUAUUUAUAAAGCAUUAUCUGACUUAGAAUGACCAGUUUCACCUCAAUGGAUGGUCUUCCAUAAGCUGUCUCAAAAGUAAGUAGAAAAGACAGUUACCUCAAACCUAGUCUCCCUAGGAAAAUUCCCUUCUGGCCUUAAUUCCAAGGACUGACCUUGUACUAAUUCACUCUUCUGAUACUCGUGGAUGGAGAAGUCUGGUAGAAUGAAAUCUCUUAGAGUCUCUUGGAGAGGGAGAGAUUUGCUUUCGUUCUCUGAACUGAAGAGCUCAAUAGCCUACUCUGUAUUCUUUUACAUGAUCCCUCUGUUUGUGCUACCUAGGGACAGCCUUUCUUUGUCUGAAGUGAUCUUCAAAGAUCACUCCUUUGAGGGCCACCCUGUCCUUGAGAGAAGCCAGUUGCAAUGUGAAGGCAAGUCUUUAACUCGCACCUACCUCCACCUGAGGUUUGGGGCAUAUUUCUGACAGCCAAGCAUUAGAAAACAGCCUGUAGUUGCUACUUUUGUGCCACCUUCCCCUGUUUGCAAAGAAGAGAUAAUACAACCGCUAUUUUUCCCAGGUAACUGUGAUACACCUUGGUAUAAGCAGAGAGAAAUAACAUUCCUUUUAAAUAUCCAUAAAUGCACAGUGAGUAGUAAUAUUCUGAGACCAAUUAUGACCUGAAGGUCCAUGUAUCCUCAGGAAGGACAAGUUGCUCCGAUUCAGCCCUUUCCAGCAAGUACAGAUUUGGUUCUACCACAUUUUGCUUAGUGAAACUACUGCACUGAGAUAAGAUGGAGAAAUUUAGAGGCUGGAGUCAGUGCAUCUCUGCUGCUUCUAGAAUACAGAUACAUGUUCUGCUCCCCCACUUCUCCUGUAGUGUAUUAGAAGAACAUGGAUUUGACUGGAUGGGAGAGCAGAUGGAAUCUAAAUCAAAGUCAGAGAGUGCAUGAGUCACGACAGACAGGUUGUGAGCUGGGGGAGAUGAAGCUGGAACAAAAAACCAUGCACAUGGAAGGGCUUGGGAAGCUCACAGUAAGAAGCUAACCCGAAAAGUUUCAAGAGAUUUGUUACAUGAGGGUACAAGGGCAUAUACACACAUGCCUGCACAAACACACACAUGUAUCUCUCUUCCUGUUACUGUUAGCUGUCUCAGAGUAACUUUGAUGAACUGGAAUGCUCUCUGUGGGGAAGCAGUAAGCAGUAAGAUGCAUGUUUUUACUGCUGCUUUUGGAGACAUCGCUCAAGAUCCAUUCCAGAUAUGUCCUCACCCUUCGAGCAGAAGUGGUAUUCAUCUGUGUCCCUUUCUGAGAAAAAUUAUGCCUACAUGAAUAUGGACUGGGAGCCAGGAGGAAACAAAAAAACAUACUGCAAAGAUGACCUGUGAU